UCUCUCUCUCUCUCUCUCUCUCUCUCCCUCUUUUUUUGAGCAAAAAAAGCUUUAAUAACCUUUCCUCUCCUGUCAUUUCUCUCUUUUCCUGCUCCAAAAACCCUAAUUCAGAUUAUCGUAUAAGAAAGUAAUUUUCUUCUGCGGGUGAAAGACGGAAGGAAAAAUCAGGAUCGAUAUGAGGGGAAGCUUCAAGGAUAUGGCUUCUUUCCCAAAGCUGUUUUAGAAGAAUUUUUUUUUUUUCAUUCAUUUCUUGCAUACUUUUGCUGUGUCUUCAUAAUUGCUUUUUUCGAGAUAAGACUAUAUCUUUGUUUCUGUUCUUGCGACUGUGCAACUAUCACCAUCUAUAUAUCCCAGGCUCUUUGCAGGUUUUCAACUUCUUUUUGCACUUUUAAAAAGAUAAUCAAAGCUUUUGCUAUGGAUUCUGGUAACAGUAGUAGUAUGCAAUCUUCUAGUGGUGGUGAUGAAGAGUAUGACUCACGGGCUGAGUCCGUCCCAGCAUUUUUGAACACUUCAAGCCACUUUAGUCCCUUAUCAAAUCCACACCCGUCACUUGUCCCGCACCACCAAGACCACCCACCCACUUUCUUUGAUCCUUCAGCAAAUUAUCUCAACCCUUUCUCUCAAUCUCAGCCAAACAGUUCAUUGCUAAAUUUUGAUGGGGUUAGACCUCGAAGCCUAAGAUCUGAACCCAACUGCAGUGACCUUGGUAACCUAACAGGCUCAUCUACAUCAUGUCAGUCUAUCUUAGGUGCACAAGGACUCAAUCAAGGUUCAUUUCCAAGCUCAUCAUCGGUGCAAUCGAGGCCAGCUCAUGACAAUGGUGUAAGAUCUUUAACACAAUCUGAUCAGACAAAUGUUGUCAAGAACCCAAAGAAGCGAACAAGAGCAUCAAGGAGAGCACCAACUACAGUUCUCACCACCGACACAACGAAUUUUAGAGCAAUGGUGCAAGAAUUCACCGGAAUCCCUGCACCACCAUUUUCAGGUUCAUCAUAUUCUCGAAGGCUCGACCUUUUUGGCUCUGGCACUGGCUCUGGUAUUCGGUCCAGUCAUUUGGAACCUUUAGGUUCUCUCUACCCUCUACGUCCCUCAGCAAAAAGGAUUCAGCCGACGCCGUUUGUAUCCUCAUCUUCUCCUUCAUUGUUAAAUAAUCCUUUAGUUAAUGCUGCUAAUAUUACCAAUACUACUAGCAAUAGCACCAUUCCCAUUUCUAUCGCUCCCACAACCAAUGCUUUCAAUCCCACUUCUGGUAACUAUCAACUUCCUUCUGAUUUAGGCCUACUAAAGCAGCCUCAGAAUAUGUUAAACUUGCAGAACCAGAGCCCAGUCCUAUCAUUCCAGUCCUUCCUACAACCUCCUCCUCUUCACCCUUCUCUUAAUUUGCCUGGUUUCGGUGAGAAGUCCCAGGGAAGUUCGGCCAUGCCUUCCCUUGAUGAACUGGGGUUGAGUCAUGGUCAUGUUAAUGCAAACCUCGGUGGCUUACAAAGUCAUGUAAGCAACUGGAGAGAUGGGGUUGGAUUGAACGAUGGGAAUUAUGGUAGUAGUGAUCAUCAUAACUCACAAAGAGUUAACAACUGCAAAUUGAACUACUCAGCUUCCUCAUCAGUUUUUCACCAAGAGAAGGGAUUGGAGAACGUUUCGUCUAGAGCUGAAGGUACAGUUGAUUCAUGGAUUUGUCCCGCAGAGUAGAAUUACUUACUACUAGAACUUAAUCAAUGUUUCAGAAAAUUGUCAUGCAGAAGAAUGUGAAGAUGGUUUUGCAGCAGUAAUCAUAUUCUCUUUUUUUAUAUAUUUUCUUUUGUUCAUUUUAGAAAUAAAUAAGAAAUUUAAUUAACAAUAUGUGUUCAAUUCCAUCAUUGUUCCUAUAUUCUGUCAGAUAUGUGCUGCAGAUAAAUAUUGUCCUUCUUCUUCUUCUUCUUCUUCUAACAUGUACAUUAGUACAAUUAUGUUUUCAAUAAUAUUGGGUUUUGGAACUCGACUGCAUCAUCUAUCUAUGAUAAGAAACAAGGAAACCGCAAUAAGCAAAGCCUUUCAUCCUCGUACCUUGGCUAGAGGGAGAAAAUAAAUAGGUCGGUGCCGUUAAUAAAAGGGC